GAUUUCAGCCUUCAUUGUGGUUUUGUGCUCAUCCACAAGUAUAAUAUCAUCAAUAUUUAGAAGAUGUCAGGCCAUUCUUCUCCUGGAUCACGUAGGGGUAGGGGUAGUAGAGCUAGAGGUACCAAUCGAUCCUAUAGGAGCACUCCUUCUCCGGAUUCCAGUAGUGCUGGUUCACACUCUUCUCCUUCUGUGUCCACACAUGUUGUUCCGUCUACUCCUUUAUACCCUCAGCCAUCACAUCCACAGGGUUUCGUACCCGUGACUCAGUUUCAACAGCCAUAUGGCGCGAUGCCAUUUCCUAUGGGUUUUCCUACAGUUCUACCUACAUUCCACCCAUCCCAGACUGAACCACAAUCUACCCCUUUGCCUAUGCCGACUUUUCAUCCCUUUGGAGGAUCAUAUCCAUUCCCAUUUAUACCGACACCUCAAGCACAUCAUUCGUCCUCCUCUCCUGGACAGAAUGUUGAGGCGACUCCAUAUGAGCCAACAGAGACCGACCAAGUUGAUGGACGAACAAAUUUAUCCUGUAAUCAGAGUUGUGAUCAUUUUAUUCCUGUUGUUGGCCCACCAGCUGAUCAAACAAAGAUUUGGAAGAGACGGUGUACUGAACCUUGGCUUCAUUGGAAUGAAGUGCCAGAAAUAACGCGACGGAUGUGGUUGGAAGAAUUUAGCGUAAGUAUAAUUGCAAUUCUUAAUUAUAUAAAAUUUUAAAUUUAUAAUUUUAUACAUAUUCAUUCUUUUUUAACAUGUUGUAGAAAAAGUACAAGUGGCAACCAGAGGAGAGUGAUCGUAUAUGGAUCACUUGGAAUGCGUUAGGUCGAAAAAGUUUCAAAAACAGUUUGAACAAGAUUAAAAGUGGUGCUAAUACGGGUGCUUGGAUGGAUCCGGACGUGCAGAGGGCAUUGCAAGAAAAGUGGAAUGAUGAGCAGUACAAGAAAAGGGCUGAACAAAAUAAAAAAAAAUCGCAUCUCUAUGACUGG